GGCGGGCAGUGGCUGGGGGAGGGAAUGGGCCGAAUCCCGGGGUGUCCGGAUGAGGGUUCGGGAAGGGUCGGCGAGUGAAAGUCCAUUCCCCGGCCGCUGCACGGGGUUCCCUCUCCCCGUCUCCGUCGGCUCCCCGGCUUCAGGGGUGGAGAGUGAAAGAGCAUCCCGGCAGGGGGCCUUCCAGCUCUGCCGGACGCCUGAAUUCUGAUCCUGUAGUUGGCGGGAUCCCCACCCCGAGGAAGUCUGAUUCUAACCUUUUUGGAAGGCUUGCAGAGGUAGAGGCUGCCUAGGGUGAUAGUGGGGGUGCCGAGGCUCGGGCAGCAUGACGACGGAGACCUUCGUGAAGGAUAUAAAGCCCGGACUCAAGAAUCUGAACCUCAUCUUCAUUGUGCUGGAGACAGGCCGAGUGACCAAGACGAAGGACGGGCACGAGGUUCGGACCUGCAAGGUGGCAGACAAAACGGGCAGCAUCAACAUCUCUGUGUGGGACGACGUGGGUAACCUGAUCCAGCCCGGGGACAUUAUCCGACUCACCAAGGGGUACGCGUCAGUGUUCAAAGGUUGUUUGACGCUGUACACGGGCCGUGGGGGUGACCUGCAGAAGAUUGGAGAAUUCUGUAUGGUUUAUUCUGAGGUUCCGAACUUCAGCGAGCCAAACCCAGAGUACAGCACCCAGCAGGCACCCAACAAGGCAGUGCAGAAUGACAGUAGCCCCACAGCUCCCCAGCCUGCCGGCGGACCCCCUGCCUCUUCCCCAGCCUCUGAGAACCAGAACGGCAAUGGACUGAGUGCCCCCUCAGGUCCCAGUGGUGGGCCGCACCCCCCUCACACUCCGUCCCACCCCCCCAGCACCCGAAUCACCCGAAGCCAGCCCAAUCACACACCUGCCGGCACUCCCGGCCCCUCCAGCAACCCCGUCAGUAAUGGCAAAGAAACCCGGAGGAGCAGCAAGAGAUAGCAAGACACUCUUCCCUUCCUGCCACCCACCGUGAUCCCAGCAUCUGCAGCAGAACCAGAGAGCCGUCCCCUGGGCUGCUGGCCUUGGCAUGGGCGGGGUGUUUCAGCCACUGAAUGUCACUGCAGGGCUGGUGAGCAGUGGCCGUAACCACCUGAAGCCCUAAUGUCCCCUGUCUGCUGGGGUGCAGGCCCUCCCUGCGUGGAACCCACAAUCAGUCUGUUUCUGGUGUCACUGUCCCAGGGGUGCUCACUGAAACCCCUCUGACCUAAUAAAGGCCACCACGCUAUACUGCA